GCAGCGCUUCAGUUCUACAAAAGUCGUGCUGUUGAGAGUCUCGCGCUGUAGGAAGAGAGUAGAGAGAGGCGCGCGGAGCGGUUUGACACAGCUGGACGGAGCACACGUGCUAUGCCGAGCGCGCUGUUUUAGGGGUCUUCAGUGCCAUGGGGGGCAGUCUGGGGUGCCACCGCUCCAUCCCGCGCGACCCCAGCGAGCUGGGGCGCAAACUGAGCGCCGCGUGCAACUUCAGCGAUGUUCUAGUGAAACAGCAGCUGCAACAACAACAACAACAACAAGAUAAACAACAACAACAACAGCAGCAGCACCAGCAUCAGUGUUUGGACAUCAACUCGUGCACCGAGGAGGAGCUCAUGACCCUGCCCGGAGUGACGCGGGCUCUCGCGCGCAACAUCGUGCAGCACCGCGCGCGCAUCGGCGGCUUCAGGAGGGUGGAGGACCUGGCGCUCGUGAGCGGGGUAGGGGCGGCUAGGCUGCAGCUCGUGAAGCCGGAGAUCUGCGUGAGCAGCAAGGCAGGAGGUGGAAGAGGAGGAUCUCCGCCUUCAUCUUCAUCCUCCUCCUCCUCGCUGUCCUCCAGCGCGCCGGGCAACGGAGUCAGUGCUGAGUUCAGCUCCACCACCGACCACAACACCCACAGCCAGCCGCACAGCAGCAGCAGAGCCAGCCCCACCGACAGCCUGCCUCCCGGGGGGCCGGAACAGAUGGCGUCAUCGCGUCCCGAUGGGGUGCAGGCUCAGGAGCGCGCGCGCCACGGGAAGCCCCUGAUGCGCGUGGCCACGUGGGACCUGCAGCGCUGCUCCAGCGACAAGGCCAACAACCCCGGGGUCAGGGAGGUGGUGUGCAUGACCCUGCUGGAGAACGGCAUCAAGCUGUUAGCAGUUCAGGACCUGGCUGAUCGUGAAGCUCUGAAUAAGUUUUGUGCGGAGCUGAAUCAGCCGUCCCUCUUUAACGUGCGUAAGUGGAAAGGCCCUCAAGGACCGUGGAAAUGUGCUGUUUCUGAGAAACCCACUGCAGAGUCCAGUGAGGGUUCAGAAUAUUCCGGUUUUCUCUGGGACUCCUCAGCUGGAAUUGAGCUGAAGGAAGCUGUGGUGCUGGACAGCGCCGCUGCUAACGGCAACGGAAACCACGGGCAGCCUAAACUGUUCCUCGCCCGCUUUUGCAUUGGAUCAUCGGAACUCACCUUGGUGAACGUUCACCUGAAAACACCUGCAUUGCCAAAGGAGCAGAAUGGACGGAAGCACUGCUCCGACAGGCCGAAAAACCACAGACUGAGCACCGCAGUGCAGGACACACUGAGAGGUCAGUCCAAAGGGAUGAAGGAUGUUCUGGUGUUGGGUGGUUUCGGUCUGCCCCCAGACAGCACUGAACUGGACAGCCUGAGGAAGGAAAAACUCACUGCUCUGCUGCCCCCGUCCAUCUACACUAACAUCAGCACUAAAUCACCACAGGGCUCCUCCGCGCUUGACAACAUCUGGGCCAGCCGCACCAUGAAGAAGAUCUACACCGGUCACUGCUCUGUGGUCAGGGAAGGUCUGACUAACCCCUGGAUCCCUGAUAAUUGGUCAUGGGGAGGUGUGGCUUCAGAGCACUGCCCGGUCAUGGCUGAGUUUUACCUGGACGUGGUCAUGAAGGAGCCACUUCAAAAUGGCAGCAGCGUAGCUGUGCUGGAGAGGGAUGAUAUCAUGCCCAAACACGAGCGGUGACCUUUGUCCUUUAUAGACAGGGUCGUGGCAGCUUGACUGAGGAUGACCUGCUGCAGGGUCACAGUGACAUCACUUAAGGACUGAAAAUGUGAUGAAAGAGAGAGACAAAUGCACAGAGACUGCUUCUUUUACAGCUGUUGUAUGGUAGAAAUUAUGUAGCACUAAGAAAUCUUUUUAAAUAUAGAUAAAUUAUAUUAAAUCAGAUAUUUAAGUAAAUGAGAGAUUUAUGUGUGGGUAAUGUGUCAAAUUAAACAUGUGCCAAAAAACGUUUUAAUAAAGUAUGUGAAAUAAAGCAAUACUGAGAUAUUCA